ACUUCCUUAUCCCCUUUGUGAGCGCCCAUAGUUCUUCCCCUAGAAACAUUCACCUUCCUGUUGUCCCUCCCCUCCCCUUCCUUAUGGGCUCCUCCUUUCCCCAACUUGGUUGCCUUCUCCAAUUCUUGGCAAAAGUUCCCAAGAUGAUUUCAUCAUGAUCAAAUCCGACCAAGAGUGGCGUUGGUGGAUCUAGGUGGCGGUGGCACACAACCAACCGUGUGUGGAUGGACCGGAGGCACCAUUACUAGAGCAAGACAUCGCAACAGCUACAGACGAUCUAGCCGCUGUGGGAAGGAGGAGAACUGAUGAAGGGUGCGAGGGGAGAUGGGAAUUUACCGUGAGAUCGUUAGAACUCAUUCAUUCAAGCAGAGGAAAAUAACUGGGUUACUGUCCCCAUAUGUUCAUUGGGAAGGGAAAGCUUAGUAGUUGAUUAGAAAGAGAUGGGGAAAAGGAAUUCAUUCGAGCGGUCGCAUGCCAUGCAUGCUGUCGGCCCCUAAAAGGAACUCACCGCUCCGUUAGUGUUUGUUUCCUAAAGCAGCAAGCCAUCAAGUAAAGCAUCAAUCUUGGUAAGGAAACAAUCAACCCAAGUGAGCUGUACAGCAAAUGCAAAAGAGGAACAUCUCUAACAAACUGCAAACUGCAAAAGGCAUGCCGCAUGCCCUUUCAAGAGACGACGACGAAGAAGAAUGUGUGCUCUCGUGCUCACAGAGCAGGGUGCCCACAGGAUCCCAUCUAGUGCUCUACGCAUGUACCCAGCAUACGCUAUGCUUGUGGUACACGAUGGUAAAUUGGCAACUCCAGCAAUCUACACCACCUCACCAUCUCUAUCCAGAGUGAGCACUUGCAGUUGCACGAGGUGAAUAUCUUGCAAGCAAUGUUUUGCAUCAUCACUAAACAAAACGCACCAGAUUUGGAAGCAAGUUCCAAAAGAGAAAUUAUACAUUGUGUGUACUGUUCAUUUGAGUACAACUCAAGCACAACAUUAUGUGAGCUUCCUAUAUAUCCAAGUGGUUUCAGCCGUUGGAUCUUCUCUUGUGGUGCUCGGGUCGUGUUGUGACCGUCGGAUCCCGCGCUUCGACACCGAAAUCGUGCUGUUCUGUGCUCAUUCAAGAAGUAAAGCCCCUGCAGCCUAUACCUCGUUGGCAUCAGUAUCUACAGGAUACUACUAAUAAGAGAGAAAAAUCAACAGUAAACUCUUGAGACACUCAGUCACACAGACAUCGCCGCCGCCGUACGUGUAACUCGAUCGAUCGUACGUAGGCCAAGACAGGGAGAGGAUGGCGACGACGGUGUGCGUGACCGGCGCCGGGGGCUUCGUGGGCUCGUGGCUCGUCCAGCGCCUCCUCGCCGCCGGCCGGUACACCGUCCACGGCACCGUCCGCGAUCCCGGCGGCGCCAAGAACGCGCACCUGGCGGCGCUGGACGGCGCGGCGGAGCGGCUGCGGCUGUUCAGGGCGGACCUGAUGGACUCCGGCAGCGUGGCGGCGGCCGUCGCCGGCUGCGACGGCGUGUUCCACGUGGCGUGCCCCGUCCCCGACUACGCCCUCACCGAUCCUGAGGCCGAGCUGCUCGCUCCAGCCGUGGCGGGCACCGUGAACGUCCUCAAGGCGUGCUCCGAGGCCAAGGUCAAGAGGGUCGUCGUGGUGUCGUCUCUCUCCACCGUGCUGGUGAACCCUACCUGGCCCGAGGGCAAGGCCAUGGACGAAGCUUGCUGGUCUGACGUCGAGGUCUGCAGAAACACUGAGAACUGGUAUUGCCUUUCCAAGACACUGGCAGAGCUGGAAGCAUUCAACUACGCCAAGAGAACCGGACUAGAUGUGGUGACACUCUGCCCAUCCCUGGUGAUCGGGCCCUUGCUGCAAUCCACAUUGAACGCAAGCAGCGCGGUCCUAGUUGAUUUCCUGACAGGAGAUCGUUUGGUGAAAAUGAAGCUCAGGAACUUUGUGGAUGUUCGCGAUGUCGCUGAUGCUCUUCUUCUGGUGUAUGAGACACAGGAGGCGUCUGGGAGGUACAUCUGCAAUUCGCACCCAAAGCAUGUGUCCGAGGUCAUAAAGCUACUCAAGAGCUGGUACCCAGCAUACAGAUAUGCCACCAACUUCGUCCCUGUGAGCGAUGAGCCUUCAUUUAAUUCCAAGAAGUUGCAGGCGCUGGGCUGGAAAUGCAAGCCGCUGGAGGAGACCCUCAAGGACAGCGUUGAGUCCUACAGGAAGGCAGGUGCCCUGGAUUGACCAAAUAGUGUCCUACACAUUUCGAAAAUCAAAUUCUCUGUCUUGUAGUACAUCCUAAUCCUGAGAAGGACUGGGAUGGGUAAUGUAAACACCAGAAGGACCAAAGCUUGUUCGUGUAAUAGGCGGCAACAAGUAUAUGAAUUCAUAUGAAGACAUGCUAUGAUUUGAAAUUUUGAA